AUGCUGACUAUUGAUAAUUUGGAUACUUUGAAGACCUUGGAUGCUGAACAGUCAGUAGAGUCCGGUUCAAGUACUUCGGACUUGGAAACGGGAAGAAAUGUUACAGAAAACUUAAAUAGAAGUUUAUCAUCGAGAAUCGUUAAUAUGAAUGCCUUGGCAGGUAUUUUCGGUCAAGGUAUCUUCUUAGGUACUAGCAAAGCUUUGAGUAAUGGUGGUCCAUUAUCUAUGUUGAUCACUUACAGUAUAGUGGGGGUAAUUGUGUACUUAACAAUGUUAAGUCUUGGUGAGAUGGCCACUUUAUUACCUGUUUCGGGUAGUUUUACGACUUAUGCCAAAAGAUUUGGAAGUGAAUCUUUCGGUUUUGCAAUUUUGAUCAAUUACUGGUUCAACGACGCCAUAUCUGUCGCUAAUGACUUGGUUGCUGUUCAAAUAUUAUUACAAUACUGGACUGAUUUUCAUGGAUGGAUUGUUGCAUUGAUCUUCUGGGUCUUUUUAUUAUCUUUAAACUUUGUUCAUGUUAGAAUUUAUGGGGAAGCUGAAUAUUGGAUGUCUUUAUUGAAGAUUGUCACUAUAAUCAUAUUCUUCAUCGUCAGUAUUGUUGUUAAUGUGGGUAAAAAUCCAGAACACGAAUAUAUCGGGUUCAAAUGGUGGUCUUACGGUGAUGCUCCAUUUGUUGAUGGUUUCAGAGGUUUUGCAAAACUUUUCGUUACUGCUUCUUUCGCCUAUGGUGGUACCGAAUCCAUCACUUUGACUUCAGGGGAAAUGAAAAAUCCUGUAAAAAAUACUCCUAGAGUCAUCAAAGUCAUGUGGAUUAGAGUUUUCGUUUUUUAUAUCAUGACCAUCUUCUUCAUUGGUAUGAAUGUACCUUAUGAUUACCCAGGAUUAUCCACUGGUGAUGUUGUAACUUCUCCAUUUACCAUUGUUUUCCAAAUGGUAGGAGCAAAAGCUGGAGCCUCCUUCAUGAAUGCUGUCAUCUUGACCUCAGUUGUUUCAGCUGGUAAUCACGCAUUGUACGCUGGUUCUAGAUUGGCCUUUUCUUUGGGUUCUCAAGGAUAUUUCCCAUCAUUCUUCACAUUAUUGAAUAGAUGGAGAAUUCCUUAUGUUGCUGUACUCAUCACUUGGUUGGCCGGGGGUUUAGCCUUUGGUGCAUCAUUCAUUGGUACUGGAACUUUGUGGUCUUGGUUACAAUCCAUUGUUGGUGUUUCCAAUCAAUUAGCUUGGUUGUCCAUCGCUAUCACUAGUAUUCGUUUCAGAAGUGGUAUCAAAGCUCAAGGAAAACUACACUACUUGAAAUUCAAGAAUUGGACUCAUCCUUAUGGGCCGUGGAUAUCAUUAGUUGGGGUGAUUGUCAUUAUUCUACUACAAGGAUGGCAAGUCUUCUCUCCAUGGGAUGUAACUGCAUUUUUCCAAACUUAUUUAGAAUUGGGUGUUUUCCCUGCUACCUUCAUCAUCUGGUGGCUUUAUAGGUUAGGAAAAGAUAAAUUCGUCAAACCCGAAGAAAUGGAUUUUGAGACCGAUAGAUAUAUUGAAAGCGAAGAGGAAUUAAUGGAAACUGAGCACUAUAAAUCAUUAACUGGGUGGAAAAAAUUCAGAUACAACUUUAACGACUACUUUUUAUGA